UCUCUCUCUCUCUCCCCACGUGGUGAUCGCUUGGCUUUUUCUCCAGGUUUCUCCGGUCUCGCCCUCAUAAACCGCCUCCACAUUAAAAAUCGACUUGCGUUUAUAUAUCUUUUUGGGCUGCUUACUACAAAUUCCCACGCGUGGCAAUGACAUCGGCCGCUUCGAUGAGCUACCAUCGGCUGUGGCCAGCCAGGGUCACCACUAAUAGCUUAUAGCUCAGGGGGCUUCUAAAUACGCAGGUACACAAUGAGGUACGGGGGAGACACGGACAGACACGAGGGGCAAGGAGACAUAAUAGAGAGACACCGACCAACAAGGGUGGACACAUGGAGGCAUACGGACACACGGGAGACGAUAUGGGGAGGCACCUCCAAUUAGCACGGUUGGCUACGUACGGUGCGAAAGAAAUUCAACAUACAUACCAGGCAUCUCCUCGCCGCGCUAUGGCAAUGGUUGUCGGGCCGUGGCGAGACCCGCAGGACGAGAUGGCGGGGCCGCCGAGCCAGACCGGGCAGCCGCCCCUCGCUCCGGCGGCCGGGCCGCACACCCCGCAGACGCCCGGACACGCAGGGCCGCCCCCGACGACUCCCGGACAAGGCAGCACGCAGGGGGACAAGCAGCAGUCCAAUGUGGAGUGCGUGGUCUGCGGCGACAAAUCUAGCGGCAAGCACUACGGACAGUUCACGUGCGAAGGAUGUAAAAGUUUUUUCAAACGGAGUGUCCGCCGGAACCUGACCUACACGUGCCGCGCCAACAGGAACUGCCCCAUCGACCAGCACCACCGCAACCAGUGUCAGUACUGCCGCCUCAAGAAGUGCCUCAAGGUCGGCAUGCGGCGUGAAGCUCUUGUCCCCUUUCCAGCCGUGCAGCGGGGUCGACUGGCGCCCACUCAGCACCCCAACCCGGCGCUGCAGUACGCCCUGGUGAACGGCGACCCUCUGAACGGCCACUCGUACCUCUCGGGCUACAUCUCGCUGCUGCUGCGCGCCGAGCCUUACCCCACGUCACGCUACGGCAGCCAGUGCAUGCAGCCCAACAACAUCAUGGGCAUUGAGAACAUCUGCGAGCUGGCGGCGCGUCUCCUCUUCAGCGCCGUGGAGUGGGCGAGGAACAUCCCGUUCUUCCCCGACCUGCAGAUCACGGACCAGGUGGCGCUGCUACGGCUCGUGUGGAGCGAGCUGUUCGUGCUGAACGCGGCACAGUGCGCCAUGCCGCUCCACGUGGCGCCCCUGCUCGCCGCCGCGGGCCUCCACGCGUCGCCCAUGUCCGCCGAUCGCGUGGUGGCCUUCAUGGACCACAUCCGCAUCUUCCAGGAGCAGGUGGAGAAGCUCAAGGCGCUGCACGUUGACUCGGCCGAGUACAGCUGCCUCAAGGCCAUCGUGCUCUUCUCCACCGACGCGUGUGGCCUCUCGGACGCGGCGCACAUCGAGAAUCUGCAAGAGAAGUCUCAGUGCGCCCUGGAAGAGUACGUGCGGAGUCAGUACCCGAACCAGCCGACGCGCUUCGGAAAGCUGCUGCUUCGUCUGCCCUCGCUGCGCACGGUGUCCUCGUCUGUCAUUGAGCAGCUGUUCUUCGUGCGCCUGGUAGGUAAAACUCCCAUAGAGACGCUCAUCCGUGACAUGCUGCUGUCUGGUAGCAGCUUCAACUGGCCUUACAUGCCGAUACAAUAGAGGCGGGCUAUGGGUGGAGGUGGAAGGUGGUGGAGGAAGGAGCGGGAGGAGGAGGUGGAGGAAGGAAGGCCGCAUUGUGUUUGGCCAGCCAGCCCCUCCAGCCCGCACCGCACAGCACGAUGAUGAUGAUGGCGGCAUGUGGAAGACGGCCUCGUGUUGUAAAUAGAAGAGAAGCGGACUCGAUUAAUGUCCAUUAUUAUAUAUAUAAAAUGAGUGAGAGAGGGAGAGAUAAAGCGCGCGCGCGUGCGUGUGCACGCGAGAGAGAAACACACACACACACAGAAACAUGUGUCGGCGAUGCUGGUUGUUAGAAGAUUUCGUGUAGUGUAGGACAUGAUGCUCUUAGUCGAUGUUUUGUAAAAAAAAAAUGAAACGGACACGAGAAUAAUACGGACUUGUUUAAUUCAUUUCCCUGCCCCUUAUUCUUCAAUGGCGUCCUGUAAAAGAUGAGCGAACGACAGACACGAGAUGUGAUUGAUGGAUUACCGUAAAACAUUUUUUCCAUUUGGGGGUUUGUGUUUCCCAGAUUCUUGUAAAAUCGUUCACGUGUCUCUACGUAAUUCAUAGCUGUUUUGUAUUUCCUGGUUGCAAACCAGAUUCGUUGUGAUGGUUACUAAUAAUUUUGAUAUAGCCAUUUUUCAUAUUCAGUAUAUAUAAAAAAACAAAAAAGAGGUCUGUGCGUGUGUUAUAUCCUUGUGAGCCGUGGUUUUUUUAAAGAAACACACAAAAAAAACACUUACGAAAAAAAACCUCGAGAAUAUGACACGAGCGACAACGGGGACUCGACGGUAUUGACAACGGCGACGCGGGAGUCGAAAUCGUCCGUCCGUGCGGUUGGAGCUGUGCGGCUUUUGGAGAGAUGCGGCCCAGCGCGUGCGCGCGUGCGUGAUGCGUACACGCACCGCGUAAAUGCUGGGAAGGGGGGGGGGGGCUGGGAUGGGGAGGGUCGGGCUAAACUGCACCCUGAUGAACUCGAGCAAAACUAAGAGAAAAGUAAAACACGAUGGAAUAAUUCUGAUUUUUAUUAUUAAUUAUUAGUCGGGCGAGUGUACACACAAUUCAUUACUUGGGGGGGGGGGGGGCGGGGGGGGCGGGGGGGACUUCCACGUGUUACCUCCCGGAUUACGAUGAUGACGAUGAUGACGACGAUGAUUAUGAUGAUGACAAUGAUGAUGAUUAUGAUGAUGAAUAUGUCGCUAAUAUUGAAAGAGGAGGGAUAUUAAACAAAAAAAACACCUCGACUACUUCUUUCUCGCCUCCGUUAAAAAAAGAUUCGGGGGGGGGGGUCUUUUUGUGUUUCUGAAGACUUUUUCCGUGUGUUGGUAGCAAGAGGCCUGUAUUAUUUUGUCCAAGAUGUUCGAUGCACUUAUGUUAUUAUUAAAGUUUUUCCUCUUCCAUACAAAACAACGAUUGCCUCGCAGGGUUUCUGUAAGGGUGACGGAUUCGCGUAACAACAACAGCGAACAAACACAACGAUACGGUUUAUUUUAUAUAAAUUAUGACCAUGAUAAUCGCCAUUAUUAUUAUUUUCUUAUAUAAAUAUCAUCGCACGCGUUGGUGGUGGUGUUUUUUUUCUUCUUCUUCCCAUUGUGACGCGAUUUUAGACGUCCACCCGUCGAGUGUCGCCACGUGAAUUUUUAGCCCCCCCCCCUCCUCCCCCUGCUGACCCUACCCUCUUUGCCCCCCCCCCCCGCCUCCACUUUUACCGAAAUUUCCGUCGAACACGAAAGCCGGGGGCGAGGUGGGGGGGGGAGAGCUUUAUAGCUCAUCGGAUUGCUCCAGUAUAAAUAAAUAUUCUGAUUCUGAGAAUUCGUCCUUGGAUUCGCGACUCACGGUGGGGGGGGGGGGGGACGCGCGGGCGGUCGGGCAGAGGGGGGGGCAGUAGCGCCCCCUAAAAUCAACAGCGAUGCAGUGCAUCGAUAUCCCUCGUGGUGUGCAAUCGGACGCAUUGUGUCCGCGUUUACGGACAUGCCUUUUUUUCUAAUUAUAAUUUAAUGUUCUUUUUGUUUGCUAUUUCCCUAUCCUCUCCUUUUUAUUUUUUGGCUUGGGGAAUUGACAAUUAUUUCUGUCGCAUCCUUUGUGUGUGUGUGUUUCGUCUUAAGAUAGCAGCAGCAUCAGGAUGUUCUCCACGUGCAUGUGCGUUGUACCUCUCUUGAACGGAUUGAGUCUUGUCGCGCGUUGUGUCCCCUCCCCCUUCGCCCCUCCACCCCCGCCCCCCGUACCGUAUAUCGAACAAUACCUCACCCUGCCACAUCCCUCUUUGUCUCCCUCCUUGUUGCUGCAUCACUAAUUUGCUGAAUUACAAAAAAAAUGCAAUAAAAGCAAAAUUGUUAAACAUA